GGGGCGGCUCCGCGGGGCUCCGCGCGCGCGGACGGGAGCGGAGCAAAGCGGACGGGAGCAAAGCGGAGCAAAGCAAAGAGAAAAGCGGAGCAAAAAGCAAAGCGGAGCAAAGCAGCAGCAAGCAGCAGCGGAGGACGGGGCUCGGCGCCCGGCUGGUCGCUCUUCCUGCCGGGACGUACACCUUCGUUUUUUUUUUUUAUUAUUAUUUUUCCGUGCCUUUUUUUUUUAAUUAUUGCUAAUUUUUGUUUUUGAUUUUUUUUUCUUUUUUAAUUUUCUUCUGAGGUUUUCUUUUCCCUCGCCACGGCCACGUUCUGCCUGCACGAGCCGCCCGCCGCCGCCACGGGUGCCGCAGCCGGCGCUCUCGGGGGCUCGCCGCCUCCCCCCUGAAGCGGCCGGGGGCAGGCGGACGGCACCCGGCCACCGGAGCAGCCGCCGCGGGCAGAGGGGGGGGGGGGCGGGCCUCGAGGUGGUAAGGAAAAAAAAAAAUCAGACCGACACCCCCCGCCCCCUCCAAAAAAAAAAAAAGACAAACAGACCAAAAGCCAAAAAAAAACCAAACAAACUAAAAACACUCUAAGAGAAAUAAAAAGCCUCCCCGAGUCGCUGCCGUCGCCGCCCGGAGGGGGAGAGCCGGUGUGGACGUGCGAGCGCUGCCGGCAGCGGGGCCGCGGCCGCGGGGGGCUGCUCCGGGCCGGGGCCGCCGUGAGAAGCUGCGCGCCCUGCCCCGCGCCGCGGCGGCGCCCAGCCCCGGGCGGCCCCCCGGCGCCGCCAUGGUGCAGCAGAGCGGCACGGCGGAGAACACGGAGGCGCUGCUGGCCGCCGAGACGUCCGAGUCCGGGGCCGGUCUGGAGCUGGGCAUCGCCUCGUCGCCGACGCCGGGCUCCACCGCCUCGACGGGCGGCAAGGCGGACGACCCGAGCUGGUGCAAGACGCCCAGCGGGCACAUCAAGCGGCCGAUGAACGCCUUCAUGGUGUGGUCGCAGAUCGAGCGGCGGAAGAUCAUGGAGCAGUCGCCCGACAUGCACAACGCCGAGAUCUCCAAGCGCCUGGGCAAGCGCUGGAAGCUGCUCAAGGACAGCGACAAGAUCCCCUUCAUCCGGGAGGCGGAGCGGCUGCGCCUCAAGCACAUGGCGGACUACCCCGACUACAAGUACCGGCCCAGGAAGAAGGUGAAGUCGGGCAACAGCGCGGCCAAGCCCGGCGACAAGGCGGACAAGGCCGGGGGGGGCGGCGGGACGGGCGGCGGCACCGGCGGCGGGGGCCCCGUCGGGCCGGCGGCCGCGGCCAAGCCCGCCCCG